AUGAGGAACACGCCGUCAUACAUCGUUCAUCCAAGGCUUCGCCAUUAUUCGUCAUUGUUCAACUCAUCCUUAUCUUUAAUUCAACUCCUUAUUAAUCUCAGUUCAAUAUCAACUAGUGUUUGUGCAGCACAAAGAGCACGAAUUGCAAUGCAAAUGAGUUCGCAGUUGGAUCUCCUCACUUCAGACGAUGUAGAAAAGGGGGAACAUAUUAAAGAUUUGGGAAUUUACGGCUUACCUACUAGAGAGAAGUUCGAAGCCUCUUCAAUUGGCAGUGAAGACGGGAAAUCUGAAGAGAACAUUGAAGAUUGGAUGUGUGCAUUGAAAUUUUGGUUGCAAAUUGUUGAAUAUGAUGAUAUAAGUUUGCAGAUCCCAGACGAAGUUUCUAUGAAACUGAGAUGA